ACCAACAGCGGUGUGCCAAAAUAGUCAGCGGUAUCGGGUGACCGAACACAUAAAGAGCACCUGUUAAUGUGGAUCACGACGUGCCAAACUGGUUAUGUAUGCUGAGCCCCCUAGAAAGACAGCAGGAAAACAUCCAUUCGGGCAUAAUCUCUGUUUUAUCUGGGCCAGUUCAGAAGAAGAAUGACAGCUCAGAAAAAUAAACACGGACUCCUGGCUAUUAAAGAGUUAGAGAACAUUCUGGACACAUGUAAACUUGACCUAACUCCAGUGGACGAGGUCUGGCCGAACCUGUACAUCGGAAACGUGGCCAUCGCUCAAAAUAGAAAUGCUUUAAAGAAAAUGGGCAUCACUCAUGUCUUAAAUGCUGCCCACUCGAAGCAAGGCAGUAUUGGGGACCAGAGCUAUUACGACAAUGCAGUUGUAUAUUAUGGUAUCCCAGCAGACGACUCUUCAUCAUUUGACCUCAGUGUGCACUUUAAAAUGGCUUCUGAUUUCAUCCACAAAGCCCUGAGGAAGAAGAAUGGAAAGGUGCUGGUUCAUUGCAUCAUGGGAAUGAGUCGGUCUGCCACUCUGGUUCUUGCAUACCUCAUGCUGCGUCAGCGCCUUACUCUCCGCACUGCCAUCCAAACGGUUGUACUACGACGAGCAAUCUAUCCUAACAGGAAUUUUUUGAGCCUUCUCCUGGAUUUGGAUAUUCAGUUGCAGAGAAAACGAAUGUUGUGUCCCAUUCUCUGACAGUAAACGGUCACAAAUGUCUCGAGCACACAAAUGCACAUGCAUUCAUUUUAUAUUAAUGCGGUAAAAGGGUAACCAUCAUUGGUAUGUUAACAUUAUUUAUAAUAUUGUCAUAUUAAAAAUGACGUCCCUCCUCCCCCCACCCCACCAAACAUGUGUGCCUUUCAGGUUUAGUAUAUGUAUAGACCACCUUUGUACUUUUCCAUACAUUGACAAGGUUAUUGUAUAAAAAAACUGACCAUUUAACAUUUUAAUAUUGUUCGAAAAGGCUUUAAUAGACCAUGUAACAUGGGUGAUUUUUAUGUGCACAAUGUAGUAUAAAUGAGGGUUGUUAUUUUUAUGAAAGUCUUUAUGAUACUGUAUUCAAGUUGCAGAUCUUUGCACUGUAGUACUUGUGUUAAGUGAAAGUGCCAAAUGCUCCACACACGACAAUUGAUAUUUACCAGUGGAGUCAGUAUUUAACACAGAAUAUCAGAUUAAGCAGUAUUAAAUUGUGGUUCAUAGUCCAAAAAUGCAGAUGAACCAAGAAAACACUCACUGUUAAAAGUAUACCUUUUACUUAGCUUUUGACAGCCAGGUUUGGAGAACUUACGGGCCAACAACAACACCCUUCUGUUGACACAAUCCUAAAAGCCCUGUUUAAAUGUCUGAUCAGCUCUCUUGGAUGUGAUUUUAGUGUACCUUUUUGAUUUAAUAGCAGAAUAAUGUGUUUCCCUCAGCUCAUUGCUUCACACAAGUUUCUUUGUUAUCUUGGAGGAAAUUUAAAGGUAUAAAAACUUUUGUUAAAUUUACUGUAUACUUACAACAUUUAACUGUACAUUAAACUAAUUUGACUUGUCCCUCCUUUUCUUUAAAAAAGGCAAGAAUCUGGGUUCCAGUGAGGCACUUACAAUGGCAGUGAAUGGGGGCCAGUCCAUAAACAUUUAAAUACUCACUGUUUCAAAAGUAUAGCCACAAGACACAAUAUGAGUGUUAAUAUGUGUGGAGGAGUGGUGGUGGUGUAGUGGACUACAGCACUGAACUGGUAAGCAAAAGGUUGUUGGUAAGCAAAAGGUUGUUGGUUCAAUCCGCACAGCCACCACCAUUGUGUCCUUGAGCAAGGCACUUAACUCCAGGUUGCUCCAGGGGGAUUGUCCCUGUAAUAAGGGCACUGUAAGUUGCUUUGGAUAAAAGCAUCUGCCAAAUGCAUAAAUGCAAAUGCAUAAAUGUAAUAUGAUUUUAGUGUAAUAAAAUCACUUACUAAUCUUUUCUGUGUGAAGUUAUAGCCAAUUUUACAGCUUCGUUGCCAUGAAGAUGUAAUGUCAACAAACCCUAAAAUGACUGUAAAAAUUAUGAUUUAAACAACUUUACAGCUCAAAUAAUACAUGAGUUUUAACAGAAGAAUUAUUGUAAGCGCUUUUAUAAAAUUAUAAGAUUCACAUUUCUGCCUUUAACCCUCCAAAAAUUGGCCCCAUUCACUUCCAUUGUAAGUGCCUCACUGUAACCUUGAUUUUUGCUUUUUUUAAAGAAAAGGAGGGAUGAGUUAAAUGUAAUGUUUAUAGUAAUCAACAUUAUGCCACAAAUGCUGUUGAUUGAACUUAACUUGUGUUUAAACCAGAAUAUUACUUUUAAGUGUUUUUUUUUGUUUGUUUGUUUUUGCUAUGCUAUUAAGUGUUUUUGACAGUGUCAGUAACAUCUGCACUACUGGAUUCAUAUACGGAUCACUCACACAAAGCGAGGUGUCAAAUAAUAUUUAGAUUUUUAUGUAUAUGUUAAUUUAAAUAAAGUAAAUGUAAAAGUG